GUUGAUCAAAAUUGAGGCAUCAAUUAGGCCAUUAGCAUCAUUUAUUUAUCACGUUAAAGGUUAAGAAAUAUGAAAUUUAACUUAAAUAUUAGGGAAUAGUAUUUAUUGCAUCAAAACCACAAUGUUCGCAUCAACAUGGUCAACAGGAGGCUGAGGAGGAGGCCUUGACGGCAACAUUUUCAGAAACCUGGACCCAAUGAUCUGAUUUAUUUUACAAGAACUGACUAUGGAGGAAACAAAUAGUUAUGCCAGUGAUGAAGACGAAGACUUGUGUGUGGUGUGUUGUAAGGACAUUCAAAUAUGUAGCAUCAUGGAUUGCCAACAUACGAUAUGCCAUGAGUGCUCAACCAGAUUACGAGUCCUCUGCGGGAAGUUGGAAUGCCCAAUAUGCCGUCAAAAGACCACAGUGGCGCUGUUUUCCAGCCAGCGGGGCCCGUUCCAGAGCCUGUUCCGGCGCUCUCUGUACAUGGACGAGCGGUACCAGCUGGCGUUUGAGGACGCCGGCGCGCGCCAGGAGUUCGAGCAGCUGCUGGCGCACCAGUGUCCGCGCUGUGAUGGCGCCGGGCCGUUCGGUACGUUCGCGCAGCUGCAGCAGCACGUGGCCAGCGAGCACGAGCUCUUCUACUGCGACAUCUGUGUGACCCACCUCAAGCUGUUCAACAAGGAGCGCAAGCUGUACACCCGGGAGCUACUGGAGCGUCACCACCGAGAGGGCGAUGCCGGAGACGACUCCUACAGCGGUCACCCGCUGUGUGACCUCUGUCAGCAGAGGUUUGUGGACCACGAGGAGCUGUACAUGCACAUGCGCCGCGACCACUACCACUGCCACCUCUGUGAAGCCGACGGCCAGCGUGCCUUCUUCCGUGACGUGACGGAGCUGCAGACCCAUUUCCGGCGGAGCCACUAUCUCUGCGAGGAGGGAGAGUGUCGCGAGAAACGGCUCAUCGUCUUCCGCACAAACAUCGACCUGCAGGCACACCGGGCGUCGGUGCACGCGGAGGGCUCGUCGGGCGGUGUGGCGGGCGGCCGGCGCCGGCAGGGUCCGCCCGUGCUCACCCUGCAGUUCAGCUCCGCGCCGGCCGGACGACGACGCCGCGCAGAGAGGCGCGGCUCGCCGGACCUGCCCGUGCAGUCGCCCUCCCCGUCGGCCGCCCCGGUCCGUAUCGACAGCAGCCUCUCCGAGUUUCCGCCGCUCUCCCCCGCCGGCGCCGCGACGCACUCCACCUUCUCUUCCGCUUCCACCUCCGCUGUAACAUCGACAGGAGCCGCCACACCCACGUCUACAGCGCUCAGCUUCAAUAUGAACCGACGGCCAACUCACACCAACGUCACCAUCAACGUGAACCGCCGCACGACCGGCAGCAGCGGCGGCGGCGGGAGCGGUGCACAGGCCGGGGUGGGGUCGCCCACCGGGAGCCAGCCCCGCAUAUCUCAGGUCUCGUCGUCGGGUAACAUCACGAUGCAGAGUCCGACCAUGGAGCAGCCGCCGCUGAUCCGGGGCGGCCGCCUGGUCACCGACCUGGAGUCGCUCUACGGGACGCGGCAGGAGCCGGCCUCGCCGCCGCCGCCGCAGCAGCCGGGUACUCAGCAGGGACAACAGCAACAGCAGCAAACUCAGCAGCAACAGCAGCAAACUCAGCAUCAGGGGCAGGAGCAUCAGCAGCAAACUCCGCAGCAACAGCAGCAGCAGCAGCAGCAGCAAACUCCGCAGCAGCAGCCGGGACGGCGGCAGGGGCUGGCCGAGUCCCCGGUGGAAGAGGCGCCCCCUCCCACCCCUCCGCCACCUCCGGCGGCUGGUAACCCUGCCCCGCUCCCGCCCGCCUCCCCUCUCCCGCCGCUCUCCGCCCCGAGAAACUACUUCGGCACCAACAGCGUGCGGUUCUCGGUGGCCGGCGGCUGGCCGGCCCCGGCCGAGCUGCGGACGGCCGCCGUGCGGCAGCUGGCGGCCGGCGGCUGGCCGGCCCCGGCCGAGCUGCGGACGGCCACCGUGCGGCAGCUGGCGGCCGGCGAGUCGGCGGCGGCGGCCGAGCUGCGGCCGCGCUACUGUCCGCCGGAGAGCCUGCAGGCACGCAGCUGUCGACUGGUCAAACUGGCGCGCGACCUGUGCCGCUCCGAGGAGACGCUCAGGGACUUCCGGCAGCUCUCUGCCGAGUUCCGUUGCGGCCAGCUGGCGGCGGAGCCCUACUACGGCCGGUGUCUGAGUCUGCUCGGUCCGGAGCGGCUGGCGCGUCUCUUCCCCGAGCUGCUCGUCCUGCUGCCGGACAUCGACAAACAGACGGAGCUGCUGGCGGCGCACGAGGCGCUGAGUAAGGACGGUUCACACCGGCACAAGUUCCUGCGCUGUCCGACGUGCUGUCAGAUUCUGACGCUCUCCGACUGGGGCCGCCACUCGGCGAUCCACUUCCGGAACGGCGAGUUCCCGCCAGAGUGUCAGUAGCGACGACAGCGACACCUAUACUGCGAGACAGGGCGACAUCUGCAGGGCGAGAUCGGCAGUGCCUUACGGUGCCUUAUCAAAUGCGUUCUAUUGAUAGUUAUACGCCGAUUUAGCUGUGUAUCACGACCGUUUUUGUACUGACGCCAUCGCCACAAGUCGAUGUUGAGUUUGUGCGAUCCUAAAAGUGAUCUAAAGCUAGUCAUGAGCAGCUAAUAUUGCCAUCGUGGCCAGAAAGACGUUGCGUCUGUAACGUUCGAUGCAAUAUGUUACUUAGUUCGAAUACUUAGUUUUGAUUUUAGUGUUAUGUCCCGCUAUGGGUUUUUCUGUUUCGGAUAGUUGUCUAUUGUUAGCGCGUGACGCGUUUUCGUACCUUACUCGUGUUCGGCAGCUGCCGUUUCAGAUCUGUUUGGCGUUCAGAGCGCCCGUUUACACAAAGUGUUGUGUUCAGUUGUGAUGUGCUUGCCGAGCCUCUGCCUUCGGAGCUGCGAGUCCGCCGUUCUGGGCGGCUGCCUGGCCGGAAGUGCCUUAUUUAGUUGUUGUUUUUCGACACCAAGCGCUGGGUCGCUGCGCCGAGAUUUACCAGGAGCGGGCGGUAAGUGGGAAAUAUGUGCCACUGCCGCCCCCCCAGCUCCUCCGAGAGCUUACCCGACAUAAAUGAGCUUAUUGAUGAGUACAAGCUUUUGUGGCA